AUGACGGGCUCCAUCCCCCUUGAGCCUCUCAGCUACUGCCUCCCUCACCUCCACCUCCAGAAGAAAACUGAGCUUUCCGAACUGACGGAGGAGGAACAGGAGGAAAACAGUAAAGCAGAGGUGCGCAACUCGAGCAGACCGCGAGAUAGCAAACGAAAGCGAGGUAGCCUCCUACCACCUGAUCUGAUGUGGGAUUGGGCGUACAAGAACAACAAGAAGACCGAGAAGGGAGACUGGCGUACGCGCCUCGUAGAGGAAGAAGGGGGGCAGUCCGGCCCCGCGAAUGCGAUGGAAGAGGGAGAAGACGAGGAGCAGGUGCGGAGCAAUGACGAUGACGACCCCGACCGCGCCGUUCCUCACGAGGUAGAGAGCGAGGGCGAGGGCGAGGGCGAGGAGCCGCGCGCACCUCUUCGGACGCUGAGGCGUUGGAGCCACCCCCAGACGAUCCUCUCGAAAACCGGGUCCAAUUCGCGCGCCGCAUUCUAUAAGGGUGCCCCGUCGCCCGAACUCACCGACGAGGAAAACGCAGAUGAUGAUGAAGCGGGCGAGAGUCCGACGCUGAAGAUGAGCCUCGCGCAUGUGCCGCAUGCGAACCGGCAACGCCGCUGGACGCGGCUCGACGGCAUUGCGUUUAUGGACGUCGACCAGAUCGUGCCUCCGCCGCUACUCGUCGCUCUGACACCUCACAUGGCUGCAGCUUCCUCAAUCAUGGCAGGCUCGACUGUUGUGGCGCCACCCUCGCCCUCACCCUCACCCUCGUCCUCAACAUCUGAUUCGCUCUCUUCGUCCCACUCCCCGUCGUCCGACGCCGACGCACCCUCCGCUCGCGACUCCGAGCCCGAGCCCGAGGUCAAAGGAAGUCGUCCGUCACGCAAGACGAGGGCCCGGGCACGGGGACGCAAGGCCAGGGUUGAGGCGGCGGCGGAUCGUGACCUCGACACAGCGGACCAAGCAGCGGGGGCAGAUGGGCCGGCCGGAGGCGUGGGUGACGUUGGGGAGGCUGACCUGGACUUUCCGGAGUUGGAGAUGGAACUGGAGUCCGAUCCGCAGCCUGUCCACCGUACAGAGACCCUAGACGUCCUUGCGGUGAUCGAACUCAAGUUCGGUGUCGGCGCGACGAAUCCCUGCGGAACGUUGGCAGGAUGUCGCCUGUUUGCGGGCGAUCUGAGACUGUCGCCGACGGCGGAUUCGCCGCCACCCGAAAUCGACCUACAGGGCCAAGACGACGACCACCCCCGCUUCACGCCCUCGACUGUGGACGCUGUCGCCCUCGAUGGAUAG